AUGUCGAUAAACCACUGCUCGUCGGACACAGCAGAAACGAGGCUAAGGUGGAGUCAGCAACACGCCACGUGGAUGAAUAAUCCUCACACUCCGCGUUUCAAUCUCAACAACCAAGAACAAGACGAAGUAGACGACGUCGUUGAGCAAGGCAUCUCCCGAGAAGAAGAAGAAGAAGAAGAGAAGGAAGCGAUGUUCGAGAAGCCAUUGACGCCAAGCGAUGUGGGGAAACUGAACCGACUCGUGAUCCCAAAACAGCACGCCGAGAAGUACUUCCCACUCGACUCGAUGGACACGAAGGGACUCUUACUGAGUUUCGAUGACGAGUCAGGUAAGUGCUGGCGCUUCCGUUACUCUUAUUGGAACAGUAGUCAGAGUUACGUUUUGACCAAAGGAUGGAGCCGUUACGUUAAGGACAAACGCCUCCACGCCGGCGACGUCGUUUCCUUCCACAGACAGCGCAUCCAUCCCCACCGCUUCUUCAUCACCUCCACCCGCCGCCACCUCUCUCCCCCCGCGCACGUUACCACCGCCACUUCACCACCCUUCUAUUCUGCGAUUCCUUAUCCUACGCAACCUCACUCUAUUCAUGCAGGUGGAGGGUCCCACUGCCAGGGUGAGAAGGAAACGACAGCGGGAGGAAACAGUUGGAGUUUGAGUUCGAGUUCAAGUUCAAGUUCAAGUUGCAGGGUGUUAAGGCUGUUUGGUGUGAACAUGGAAUGCCAACCUCAUAAUGAUUCCCAAACCUCAACACCCGAAUGCUCCUAUAACAUUAUGUCGUCAAACCAGCCUACACUUACCCAACACUUAUACCAUCAACCCUCUUAUUCUUCUUCUUCCAACCCUCACCAUCACAUGCUACGUCAACAACCAUACUAG